AGUACCGAAGCAAAGUGUACGGUGAAAGUAUCGCGGGUAGGUACCUACCUGUUGUCUUCGGUUCGAUAGUGUGUGAAUCGCUUGUGAAACGAAUUUUAUUAUCAUCAGCUUACUUUCUUCCAUAUUCGGUCUGGUUGGUUUCAUCAAUAGGUGCUUAAAGGAAAUCAGAUAUGUUCCACAUGAAAAAUAUUUAGCAUGGGCAACAGUGGGAGCCACCCAAAUCAAGUGAGUCAGCGUGAGAUACCAGAAGAGCAGUGGGCACAUUCGUUUCCGCGGACACAGACUACCAAGUUCGGUUACCAGCACAAAGUGCUGCCGGACAGAGACGGCGAUUUGAAGUUGAAAUCAACCAAUAAUGGUGAUAUUCUUCAUUCUGGCGGUACGUUGACCGGGAAGCCCAAGUCACUUGACGAUAAGAAGAAUGAAUAUUCAUCACAUGGAUUUAGAGAACAUAGUCCUGCAGCUAGAAAAUAUUUUCCCAAAGAAAAAGAAACCCAGUAUAAAUCCAGGGCUCAGGGGGUCCAACACAAGCUCAACCAGAAUGCUUCUAGUCAAAAGAAUAACCUAAAUGGCCAGAUGAAACUAUGUGUGUCCGAGCCAGAUCUGCGAUAUUCAUCAGAUUCGAAUCUGCAUAUGAAAGAAAAAAGGUGCAAGAAAAAGUACAAGGCUCCCCCUCCACCUCAACUGACUGACCGGCCUUACUUAGACUGGAACGGGACCAGUAAUCCACACAUUAUGCCAAUUCGUAAAGCGCGUUUAUUCAAAACCAGAGCUGAAAUGAAGAAACAAUCUAGUCAAACCAACGAAAACGUGGAAAAUUCAGACAUCCCCAUAGACAUCCCCUUGAAUGGUCUCAGAACCUCAAAAUCCAAUCGCCUGUCAUUACCGGAGAUUAAACUUGAUUUCUUCGAAGAACUGAAAACGGUUACAACACGCUUAAGACAUGUAGAAACCAAGGCAUCGCCGACCAAGGAAAAACUCAUUGAGAAAAUCGACGACAGUAAAAACCGGAUGGCUAACUGUGUAAGAGGCGAGGCUUCUGGAAAGGAAUCUACCACCCCAGAAAUGUCUCCGGAGCUGAAGAAAAAAGCCGAUUAUCCCAGGGAGAAACCAAAAACUUUCUACUUUGGCAUGAACGAAGAACCAGUACCUGAUACGAAGUAUCAUGAUGAUAUAUUCAACGCGUUCUCUAACUCAUUCCAUCAAAACACGAAGCUGCCUAUGUCUUCUGCAUCCGACAUAUCCAGUGACAUCCACUCGGAUGAAAAUGACAUGUACAAAUCCGGACUGGACUUGCAGCUCAGACCUAUUUUGCCCAAAAAGCAACUGGAAAUACCGAAGUUCUCUCCUGCUGCAGCUUGGAGAUUGUUGUCUAUGGAUGCUAGUGAAAGAACUGGUGGAACUGUGGUUAGUGAUGACGUUUCCAUUUUAUUAGAGGAGCGGAUAGAGAAGUUUGCAAGGCCCCCGCCGCCCAUGAUUCAUGCAGGGCACAGGUCGAGUAAUGACAAAUCAGGAGAUUCUGGUAUAUCUGGUGAUGAUCCUAUACCAAAUGGAGCUUAUGAUGAUAACAACGAAGGUGGAAUUCUGCAAGAACAACAGGUUAAAUUCACGAUGUCGCACUAUAUCAAUCCCCAAGAAAGAUCAUCAUGGACCCCUCAACAAGACCUAGGCGACGACUCUAGCAUUGAAGAAUGCAAAAACGAGAAAUCUUCAGCUCCCAACCCUCGAAUCCGCUCAGGUCCCCACAUUUUUAGUUUGUCGCUGCCAAGAGACAACCAAUUGGCUGCGUACAUGAUCGAAAGAUCCUCUCUGCAGUACAGCGGCUUACAGAAACUGAAGAAGUCCCUGUCAGGUGUCUUAGGCAACUUGUCGAGCAAAAAAGACGUCGUUGAGGCAGAGUUCAAUGACGAGGUGAGCGCUAACUGGUUUUUGAGCAAGUCAGCCCCAAACUCCCUGAACAAUGCCUUCCAUUCCCUGGAGAUGCGCAAGGCGAAUGAUCAAGAGCAGCUUCAGCUUCUGAAUGUGAAUAAGCAAGCACGGAUGAUGUAUCUGCCCGAGAUAGAACUGAAUCGCGCUAACAGAAGGAUGGAAGAUGUCUGGAGUAGCAGGAGUCAUUAUUCCUUGGGACAUUCGCAAUCCUGCGAGGAUCUAUCGGUGGGAGUCAAGAGAGCUCCGGAACCCCUUCAGGACUCUGCUAAGGAGGAAUAUUCUUGGAAAUUGGGGACUAGGAAGCCGAAGAAAUUCACAUUCCAAAGCACAAUCAGGCAAAUAGAGAAACGGAGGUUAUCGGAUAAAUUAUCUAGAGAAGCUGAGAGGAGAGAGCAGAAGAGAAUUCAAGAAUUGGAAGCCAUGGAGAAAGUCGAAGAGGAAUUUCAAAGGAAAAGGGCUAGAGAAAAAGCGGAUAUUCGACAACAAUUGAGGCUAAUUUGCAUGGAAAAAAAUCCUGCUUGGUCUAGUUUGCCGCCCAAUUUGGAGGUGAAUGCUCAGGUUCGUCCUGAACCAGAUGGAGCAUUCUCUUCCACAUCGUCGGCCUCCCCACCACCCAAGACCAAAACUUCUAGUAGGCCAUUCCAAAAAUUCAAGAGUUCUAAUAAUUCUCGCACUGGAAACAAUAUGAAGAUUCGUGCGACACCAGAUCAUUCCGAAUUAACAUCGGUACCAAGAGAAUAUAUGGACUAUCGGGGAGUGAAGUACACUAACGACGGAGGACUUUAUAGACACACAACAGUGCAUCCAGAAGUUACCUGCAAUAUGCCAAAAGUAAAAGAUACAAAACUGGUUCAAAGCAAUAAUAAUUACAGAAGAGAUAUGGCAGCUGGUGUAAGGAGCACACUAACUGUAGGAAGCACCGAUUCUGAGAAUUCACACAACUAUCGAUCAGUCGAUACUAAACACUCUUCUCCAUUGCCAAUGUCCUAUUUCCAUGAAGACCAACUCCACUGCUGAGGAUCAUUCAUACAUAAGAGAUUUGAAGUACAGAUCAGAUAUACCAGUACACCAUGUAUCAUAAAUAACAUUUUUAUUUUGUAUAUUAUCUUGUUUUUGUACAUAUAAAUUUAUAAAUGUUUACUGUUUAUGUGUAUGUAAAAAUUUGGGGAAUUUUCAAAAACCCGAUGUCAAUAUUUACGUCUCAUUAACCAUUUUUUCUGGUGAUGAGUAGUGCAGUUCUUAAAAGCAGGUUCAAUUCAGCAAUGACAUUUUUGAGAAAAACAUUUAUUCAAAUAAUCACAAGUUUUUCUGAUAAAAUUUCACUAUGAUAAAUUUCCUUCCAUAUUGCCUGUAAAAUGCAAAUAAAAAAUAUGUAGGGUGUAACAGAUUUCAUAUACAAAAGAAAGGUCUUAGUUUAAUUAAUCAUCUCGAUACAUAUUACAGUAACAAUUAAUAGCUAUAAUAAUUAAAUUAAAUAGUAAAUAUAUUUUGAAUCUGACUAUCAAAUUCAAUGUAUCACACUCGCAUUGCCUUAAGGCCCUUUACAAAAAUACAUGUGCCUUCCUAUAAGUUAAUUUACAAAAAACCUGUUUCAACUCAAGCAUAUUCAACCCACUAUUAUAAUUUAUUAUAAUUCAAGAUUUGCAGCUCAUACUUCAUUACAAUAGAAAUUAUUUAAUUCUUUACACUCUUUAAUCUGUACACUUAACAUUUACUUCAUGUUUAUUUACAAGAACCCUAUUUUAUUUUGAUAUAAACAAGAAAUCAACACAUCAGUCUUAAACAUUAAAGGAUUACUUUAAGCAAAGCCGAAGCCCUCAGAACACUCAUGGAUCGCCUUCAAUAAAUAGGCUCGUAACUUAUCGUAAGUUUCAUAUACAGGAAGAUCCAGCUGAUUGAAA